GGAAUAAGAAGAUAUAAGGGGAGAAAAUAGAAGCGCAAGCAGAGAUGGCAAUGCCUAGUGGUCCAGCAGUAACACCACCGCCCCCGAGCGGCGCAGGUGCAUCUAAUAACGGCGAUUCACAUCUCAAGCUCCCCAUUCUCACCCCCUCCCGUCCAUCUGACGUCAUCCUCAUCCCCAGCUAUUCCCGAUGGUUUUCCUGGAAAAAUAUUGAUGAAUGUGAAGUAAGGAAUUUACCCGAGUUUUUCGAGGAGAGGUCAGCUUCGAAGAAUCCUAGGGUUUACAAGUACUACAGAAAUUCCAUCAUUCAAAGCUUCAGACUCAACCCUACCCGCAAAAUUACUUUCACCGAGGCUCGCAAAACUAUUAUCGGGGAUGUUGGUUCUGUUCGCCGGGUUUUCGAUUUCCUAGAGGCUUGGGGUUUGAUUAAUUACUUUGGUGCCCCUUCUUCUAAACCUCAAAAGUUGGAAGACAAGGAUAUCUCAAAGUCUUCCAAUGAUGGUGGGGCAGUGCCAACUGCUGCUGACUCUACGCCCUCUAAGAAGAGAGUUUGCGGUAUUUGCAAGUCUGUUUGCACCAUUGCUUGUUUUGCUCGUGACAAGGACGACGUGACUCUUUGUGCAAGAUGCUUUGUUCGUGGUAGUUACAAGGUAGGACCGGGGUCUUCAGAUUUCAGAAGAGUUGAGAUAAGUGAUGAGGAGAAAACAGACUGGACUGACAAAGAAACACUGCACCUUCUUGAAGCUAUUAUGCAUUAUCGAGAUGACUGGAAGAAGGUUGCAGAACAUGUCAAUGGUAGAACUGUGAGAGAAUGUGUCAGCCAUUUUGUAAAGCUUUCUUUUGGGGAGCAAUUUGCUGGACCUCUAGAUUCUGCUGAGGUCAAUGAUAAUAUAAUUCAGUCAACUGGCCACACCGGCACAGAGCCUGUGUCACAAACCUCUACAGUCCCACCGGCCAAAAAGAUGCGUCUCAGUCCCCUUGCAGACUCAAGCAACCCCAUCAUGGCUCAGGCUGCUUUCCUCUCAGCUCUGGUAGGCGUUGAUGUGGCGGAAGCAGCUGCUCAUGCUGCUAUAUUGGCUUUGCACGAUGACUUUAAUGGUACCAAUUUUAAGGAGAAGAUUGGAUCUUGUACUGGUGGUAAUACUAGACACGAAGAACCGUGUCUUGAAUCUGACCGUGAUGCCCCCACAGUUGCUCCUAUAGAAGCCUUUGACGAGGCACGGUUGCAGCUUACUAAGGAGGAAGCUGAGUUAGAAAGAUCAAUAUCUGGCAUAUCAGUGCAGAUGGAGGAAUUCCAAAACAAGAUGAUGCAGUUUGGAAAGUUUGAUUUAGAAGUGGAGAAAGAGUCCAAACAGCUAGAGCAACUCACUAAUCUACUAUUUGCUGAUCAGCUAGCCCUUCAUUUUCAUAAAAAGGCAGGAUCAAAAUCGCAUGCAGUACCUGAAGAUUUCAAAGCAGGACAGACAUUAUGAUCUUGUCUUCUUUUACUCCUUGCCUUUGGCUUGUAAUUGAUUCUUUGGGCCAAAUGUAUGGAGGGAAAUGUCACAUGGCCUUGGCUUACUGUAAUCGGCUUCUUGUUACAAAUUAGGUUUGGUUCUAUGGCCAAAUCCUCCAAAAAAGAAAAACUGAAAUCAGUUUGGCCUCAUCGAAACCUAUUUGGACUUCAGAGUUUAGUUUAGAUUUGCAUCUUGUUUGUUGUUUGUAUGGAGAGAAAUGUCACAUGGCCCUGGGCCCCUUGCAUACUGUAAUUAGUUUAUUGUUACAAAUUAGGUUGGUUCUAUGGCCCAAUCCUCGAAAGAAAAGGAAAAAACUGAAAUCAGUUUGGACUCUGUCGAAACUUAUUUGGACUUCAGAGUUUAAUUUAGAUUUGCA